AUGUUAUUUGACUAUGAAGUGGCAGAGUUCGAAGAGCGCUGGAAUAAUGUGGUUUCUGAGCUAGGCCUACAAGGUAAUCCCUGGGUGUGUGAUCUAUAUGCUAGAAGACAUAUGUGGGCAACUGCACACAUCCGUGGUAAUUUCUUUGGGGGCUUCCGAACCACGUCAAGAUGUGAGAGGCUUCACUCUAUGCUCGGCAAGUUUGUGCAUUCCCGGCACAACUUAAAAGACUUUGUUGAGCAAUUCUUUCGAUGUAUCAAUCAAAUGAGGUCCCGGGAAGCUUUCUCUGACUUACAAUCCACUGUUGGAGAGAUGGUACUACAAAGCCCUCUACGAUCGCUUGAAAGGUCUGCGGCAAGUGUACUGACAAGAGAGAUAUUUCUUAUUUUCCGACCAAUGCUUUCACAGGCUUGCACUUUAAAGGUAAGCUUGUGUACAUUCACAGCAUGUUCAUAUAUCUACUCCUUAUUCCGGUCUGGAGAUUCUGCCCGAGAAUGGCACGUUUCGCAUUAUCGAAAUGGGUCAUUCUUCAAGUGUUCGUGCAUGAGGAUGGAGACCCUUGGGAUUCCUUGUGACCACAUUAUUUCAGUAUUUCAUCACCUUGAUAUCACUGAAAUGCAUGCGAGUGUAGUAUUGGAGAGGUGGUCAAAAGAUGCCCGUUCGAGGGUGAGGGCUUUCAUGGAAAAGGGACCGUUUUGCUGGGAUUCGAUGGUUACCUGCCGCAAUUGGAUGUUGAAUGACCUAUGCAGGGAGUUGUGUGUGCUUGCUUUUGCACGAGUGGAUGAUUUUGUGGACGUCACUGGUAAAUUGAGAAAUGAAAUUUUGCACUUGAAAAGCAAGAGAGUUUCUCCAAGUGGGGAAGGAGCUGAUCCUCUGGUGUCAUCUACUCUUGAGGAUUGCGUAAGGGAUCCACAGGUUCUACGUCACCACAAGCGCCGUAAAUUUGGUGUUGGUUGGCAGCCAUCUACCAAGGGUGUAAAGAGAUGUGAAAUUUUUCGUGUGGUUGGCCAUAACCAAUUAUCUUGUUCAGAAAGGCAUACACACGAACAAGGACACGCUGCUGUUGGCAGUGGUACCCACCGGAGGGCCGUUUACGAAGAGGCUGGAUAUAGUGAGUAUCAAGAUUCAUGGGAAGAGGCCAGGGAGGUUCCAGUAACAGAAAUAAUGAUCAUACGAAAUGUUAUAGCAACGUACGUGAGGUAUCAGAUUGCGUUGGAAGGUGCCACCCAUGGCCAUCCAGUUGAGGACCCAAAUAGCCGAGGUCUCACUGCAGCGAUAUACACCGGCAUUAAGUCAUGA